AUGGCGACCCAACCGGUAGUGUGUGGUGGUCAUACAUAUCAUACGGCCGGGGUCAGUGACCGGGUGCCACGCCCGCGGCACACGCCCACACCGAGCCCCGCCCUGCCGCUCUUGGCGGGAAUUUCGGAGGCACCGGCGCUCAUUCGCCUCCUGGCAACCAUUCAACGUUCAGCUCGCGUCGUUCGUUCCGCUCUGAACGAUUAUCGGACGGAAUUAAUUAGUCGUUCCGAA